AUGGAAGCAUCGGAGAUCAAGCCCCAGAUUUUUGAUUCAGGAGACCCCCUGAAGACUGAAGUUAGCAAGGAAGAUGUGGCUACCGCAGAGGAAGGUGGUCUUUCUGAUCCAACCCAUGUUGAUCUCCACAGAGCCUUGAAGGCUCGACACAUCACAAUGAUUGCCAUUGGCGGUGCAAUUGGAACUGGUUUGAUUAUUGGAACGGGCGAGGCACUUGCAAAGGCCGGGCCCGCUUCCAUACUCAUUGCCUACGCCUGGGUUGGAUUCAUUGUGUACUUGGUAAUGUGUGCCCUCGGAGAAAUGGCCGCAUGGUUACCCCUCCCAUCAGGUUUCACAGGUUAUGCCGUGCGAUUCUGUGACCCGGCGCUCGGAUUCACGCUAGGUUGGACAUACUGGUUCAAGUACAUAAUCCUGUCCCCAAACCAAUUGACUGCUGGCUCCCUGGUCAUAUCUUACUGGAUUCCUACUGAAAAAGUCAAUGCCGGAGUAUGGAUCACUAUCUUCCUGAUCUUGAUCGUCUGCAUAAACUAUUUUGGAGUGCGUUUCUUUGGCGAAUUCGAGUUCUGGCUAUCCUCCUUCAAGGUCAUUGUGAUCCUUGGUAUCAUUCUUCUUUCCUUCAUUCUCAUGCUGGGUGGAGGCCCGGAUCAUGAUCGCAAAGGCUUUCGGUACUGGAAGAACCCAGGAGCAUUCAACACAUACAUCGAAAAAGGAGAUGCAGGGCGAUUCUUCGCUUUCUGGUCCACCAUGGUCACUGCUACAUUUGCCUACCUCGGAACAGAGCUUGUUGGUGUGACUGUGGGUGAAGCGCAGAAUCCUCGGCGAACAAUCCCCCGUGCAAUCAAACUGACGUUCUGGCGAAUCCUCGUAUUCUACGUCCUUUCGGUUCUUCUCGUCGGUACCUUGGUUCCAUACAACGACAAGAAGCUCGCAUUUGCCGUGGGCGCCAACAGCUCAGCUGCAGCUUCACCCUUUGUCGUCGCUAUCGAACUGUCUGGGAUUCCCGUGCUAUCUCACAUUCUGAAUGCGUGUAUCCUCCUCUUCGUCUUUUCAGCUGCGAACUCCGACCUGUACAUCGCCACUCGCACGAUCUAUGGCUUGGCUCGCGAGGGAAAAGCGCCAAAGAUAUUCGCAAGAACUGACCGUCGCGGUGUCCCCGUCUUUGCCCUGGGAAUUUCCUCGGCUUUUGCGCUGCUUGCCUACAUGAACGUCUCCAGCGACGCAAAUACCAUCUUCAAGUACUUUGUCAACCUAGUCACGAUCUUCGGCCUUUUGACUUGGAUCUCAAUCCUCGUCACUCACAUUUACUUUGUCCGAGCCCGAAAGGCACAAAAUGUACCCGUUGAAAGUAUGGCAUAUGUCGCCCCUCUAGGCGUGGCAGGCUCCUAUGGUGCUUUGGCAUUUUGCAUUCUUAUUGCAUUCACGAAGAACUACGAUGUUUUCACUCAUAACAAGAAAUGGGGCAAUUUCGACUACAAGAACUUCAUCACAGCUUACCUCGGCAUUCCUCUGUAUCUGAUCUUGAUCUUCGGGUACAAGAUCGUGACUGGCUGCAAGGGCGUCAAGCCCGAGGAGGCUGAUUUGUGGACUGGAAAGGACGAAAUUGACCGCGAGGAAGCUGCUUUUGUUGCUCGAAAGGAGGCUGAAGCUGAGAAGCAUGUUCAGGCUCACUGGUUUUAUCGAAAGUUUGUGUCGUGGCUUUUCUAG